ACUGGGAAUGGCAGUAGUCGGUCAGUUCAUUUAUGAGAAAGUCAAAUAAUUCAACAUGAAGUUCUCUACCAUUUUCACCGUCGCGGCCUUGGCCGUUGCAGUUAGCGCCAAGUCAUACAAUCAAGAGAUAAAGGAUUCACUGGAAAGUCAUACGACAAAUCCAAGGUCUGCUGUGAGUAUUCGGGUCACUGCGGAAACCUAUCCAAAUGCACGGAGAGCUUCUGCAGUGCCCCUAACAACUUUGGAAAGUCUGGCCGCCCUGAUAACUCUGAACAGCCUGGCCGCCCCCACAGCUCUAAAUAACCUAUCCGCCCUAGUCGCCCUAGCCACAAUGCUCGAUCCAGCAAUGGCAAUAACGGUUACAAGAUCACUUGCGCAGAGAAGCAUAAGCGUAAUUCUUAUGCUCUUGAAGAUCCCAUCCAGGAGGAAAAGGAGUGCCGCCAGUGGUCUGGCAAGUGCGGUGAAUAUAAUAAGUGCACCCAGUCAUAUUGCGAGAUUUCUAACAGCUAAAACCGACCUGACGACUCUGACCGCCAUGACGGCCCCGACAGCUCUGGUCACUCUGGCAAUUCUGACAACUCUGGCAUGCCUGGUAUGUCUGGCAUGUCUGACAGAAAACCCUAAAAACCCAUGUCUGGCAGCUCCGGUAAUUCCGACAUAUCUGGGUCUGACAGCUCUGGCAAUUUUGACAACUCGGGCAAUUCUGAUACCUCUGGUAGCUCUGUUAUUACUGGCAGCUCGGGCAUGUCUGGCAAUUCUGACAGUUCCGGCAUGUCUGCCAGCUCUGGCAGUUCUGACGGCUCUGGCAUAUCUGGCAGCUCUAACAUGUAACAGUAACAAGCCCAAAUUACACUUGCGCCGAGCAGCAUAA